AUGGCUGAGGUUAGAAGAGAGUUCAACUUGGUGGUUACUAGAAACCAAGUUUUCAGAGCUAAAAGGCUUGCUAGAGAAGUGAUUGAAGGUAGUUAUGUGGAGCAAUAUGCACGAUUAUGGGACUAUGUGGAAGAGCUUAAGAAGGCCAACGAAGGUAGCACAAUCAAGGUGAAGACUCAAAUGGACGGUGAUGAUAUUCUUUUUCAAAGGAUUUAUGUGUGUUUGGCAGGGUGCAAACAAGGCUUUUUGGAAGGUUGUAGGCCUGUCAUAGGAGUUGACGGUUGUUUUAUUAAAGGCCCUCAUUCUGGACAGAUUUUAACGGCUGUUGGGAUUGACGGCAACAAUGGUCUAUUCCCAAUAGCUUAUGCAAUUGUUGAGAUAGAAAACAAAAGCACUUGGGUUUGGUUUUUGGAGCUUUUGAUUGCUGAUUUGAAAAUUGAGAAUGGCCUAGCAUGGGCUUUUGUAAGUGACAAGCAAAAGGGUUUGGAAUCAGCAAUAAAAAAAUUGCUCCCAACUGCUGAGCACAGGAUGUGUGUUAGGCACUUACAUCAAAACUUCAAAGCUUCUGGUUUUCAAGGGUUGGAAAUGAAAAAUAUUUUAUGGGCAGCAGCAAGGGCAACAACAAUACCGUGGUGGAAGGAAGAGAUGGAAAAGAUGAAAAAUCUACAUGAAAAAGCAUGGGAAUGGCUUAAUGAUAGGCCUGCUAAUAAUUGGAGUAGAUCUCGCUUUAAUACUCACUAUAAGUGUGAUGUUCUACUUAACAACUUAUGUGAGAGUUUUAAUUCUGCUAUUGUUGUGGCAAGGAAUAAGCCUAUCUUGGGACUUCUAGAUAACAUCAACAUGUAUAUCAUGCUUAGGAUGGCCAAUAGGAGAGCUGCUGGGAGGAAUUGGAAGCAUCCAGUUGGUCCAAGGAUUUUCAAGAUAAUUGAGAAAAGCAAAGUGGAAAGUACUUAUUGUAUUCCUAAGAUGGCUGGUGAGAAGGAGUACCUAGUACAACACUUAAGUGGUAGACAGUUUGUAGUGAAGUUGAAGGAGUCUACUUGCUCAUGUAGGAGAUGGGAUUUAUGUGGGAUCCCAUGCUCACAUGCAAUUGCUUGUAUAUUCGCUAGAGAUGAGAGUGUUUACACCUAUGACCAUGACUGUUACAAGAAGGAAGCUUACUUGAACUCCUAUGAUCCUAUGAUCCACCCCGUUCCUGGAAUGGACUUGUGGGAUAGGACAGAUUUAACUCCAUUGAAACCUCCAACAUGCAAGAAGCAACCUGGCAGGCCAAAAAGAAAGAGAAUUGUGUCUGUAGGUGAAGUUGAGCCACAAGCACACUAUCCUCCACCACCAACUAAUUUAUUGGGUGAGCACAAUGACACACCGCAACCUCAGAGACUUAGAAAAUGGUUUGUAGAGAUAGCUUGCGGUAAAUGCGGAAAGUUGGGGCACAAUAAAGUAGGAUGUGGAAAAUCACAACACACGAAUGCAACAAAUAAGAAUCAGGUACAUAUUUAUGCUUUAGUAAAUCCUAAAAAACCAAACUAG